AUGGGCGACUACGGCAGCGCGAUGACGCGGGGCAACCCGGACGGCGGCUCGCAGGGCCGCCCAAAGGGAGUGCCCCGCGCCAACGUCCAGCAGCUCAAGCUCAUGGGGCAGGGCCACCCGACGGGCCUCACGCCGAACCUGCUCAAGCUGUUCGAGGCGCGGCCUAUGCUCGAGCACAAGCCGCCCGUCCAGAAGCGCAAGUUGCCGGCCUACACGGGGAUGGCGCAGUUUGUGUCGCGGUUUGCCGAGCCUGGCGACCCAGAGUAUGCGCCGCCUGUCCCAACGUGUGAGACUAAGGCCGAAAAGAAGGAUAGAAUCAGGAAACUUAAGCUUGAGCAAGGGGCAGAUAAGGUCGCCAAAGAGCUUCAGAACUAUGACCCACAAAGUGACCCCAAUACCACUUCAGAUCCAUACAAAACACUCUUCGUUGCAAGACUUAAUUAUGAGACAUCUGAGAGCAGGGUUAAGCGGGAGUUUGAAGCCUAUGGGCCUAUUAAAAGGGUACGGCUCGUAACUGACAAGGAUACAAAUAAACCUAGAGGAUAUGCAUUCAUAGAGUAUAUGCAUACUCGGGAUAUGAAAAAUGCUUACAAGCAAGCUGAUGGGAGAAAAGUGGACAAUAAGAGGGUAAUAGUUGAUGUGGAACGUGGUAGAACUGUCCCUAAUUGGCGUCCCAGGAGAUUAGGCGGUGGACUUGGAUCAAGCAGAAUUUGUGGUGCAAGUGCUGACCAGAAGCCGCCUGCCAGGGAGCCAUCGAGUGUUGGGCGUCCCAGAUCAGAAGAACCUAAGAGGGGUGAUUCCCGUGUAGAUAGAGAUCGGGAGAAGUCUCGUGAUAAGGUACGGGAAAGAGACCGCGAUGAAAAUCCCCGUGAGCGUUCUCAUGACAGAAUACGUGAGCGUGAUUCAAGGGAAGAGAGGCACCACCAUAGAGAUCGGGACAGGACUCGGGACAGGGACCGAGGAAGGGACCGGGAAAAAGACCAUGGGCGUGACCGUGACCGUGAUCGUCGGGACAGAGAUAGGGAUAGGGACCGUGGUAGGGAUCAUGAUAGGGAGAAGGAUCGUGGCCUCUCUCAUGAUCGUCACCGUGAGAGAGGCAGGGAUCGCGAAAGAGAUCAUGAGCGUGCAAGUUACGAACGUGAUCGCGCUCACUUGAAGGAUAGGGAUUCUGAAUACAAUGGUGAACCAAAGCAUGACAGGAGCAUGGCUGAUUAUGGGAAGCAUUAUGGCUCUAACCAGUAUGAGCAACACAAUAGUUACGGGUCGUAUCGCUAUCAAGUUCAAGGCGGGCAUGGGCAUGAAACUGAAAGCUCAAAGGGACAUGAGCAUGAAUACUAUCAGGCACAACCCAACACAGAACCUGAAGGCCCUGAAGAAGGUGAGGCAUACGAGGAAGGUGACUACCAGUAUCACCAAGCAGCAGAAGAGCAAAAGACUGAAGCUUGA